GUUCCCGCCGCCCUCGGACGCGCCGGGAUCCGGAAACGCGGAGGGAGCGCUGGGAGUUCGGGGCUCGCAGGGUGGCAGCGGUGUGGGGCUGCCGCCUCAGCUCCCCACCCUUUAAUGGCGCACAUCACCAUAAAUCAGUACUUGCAGCAGGUGCAAGAAGCCAUUGAGACCAGAGAUGGUACGUUUUGUGCAGAAUUAGUAUCAUUUAAACAUCCACAUGUUGCAAACCCAAGGCUACAGCUUCCAUCUCCAGAGGAGAAGUGUCAGCAGGUUUUGGAAUCGCCAUAUGAUGAAAUGUUUGCAGCUCACUUAAGGUGUACUUAUGCUGUUGCGAACCAUGACUUUGUAGAAGCAUACAAAUGCCAAACAGUUAUUGUCCAAUCUUUCCUGCGAGCAUUUCAGGCACAUAAAGAAGAAAAUUGGGCUUUACCUAUUAUGUAUUCUGUAGCCCUUGAUCUUCGCAUUUUUGCUAAUAAUGCAGAUCAACAGCUUGUGAAGAAAGGGAAAAGCAAAGUUGGUGACAUGUUGGAAAAAGCAGCAGAACUGCUGAUGGGCUGCUUUCGAGUCUGUGCCAGUGACACUCGAGCAGGCAUCGAAGACUCGAAAAAGUGGGGCAUGUUGUUUCUUGUGAAUCAGCUGUUUAAAAUUUAUUUUAAGAUCAACAAGCUCCAUCUCUGUAAGCCCUUAAUUAGAGCAAUUGACAGCUCAAAUCUGAAGGAUGAGUAUAGUAUGGCUCAGAGAGUUACAUACAAAUACUAUGUUGGACGCAAGGCCAUGUUUGACAGUGACUUUAAACAAGCUGAAGAGUAUCUGUCGUUUGCCUUUGAGCAUUGUCACCGAUCAAGUCAGAAGAACAAAAGAAUGAUUUUGAUCUACCUGCUGCCAGUAAAAAUGUUGUUGGGCCAUAUGCCAACAGUUCAGCUCUUAAAAAAGUAUGACCUUAUGCAGUUUGCUGAAGUAACGAAAUCUGUGAGUGAAGGAAAUCUUCUCCUACUGAAUGAUGCUCUGACAAAGCAUGAGACCUUCUUUAUUCGAUGUGGAAUCUUUCUUAUCCUUGAGAAGCUGAAAAUCAUCACAUACAGGAAUCUCUUCAAGAAAGUAUAUUUACUACUCAAAACUCAUCAGCUAUCUCUAGAUGCUUUUCUGAUUGCUCUGAAGUUCAUGCAAGUAGAUGAUGUUGAUAUUGAUGAAGUCCAGUGUAUUUUAGCUAACCUUAUAUAUUUGGGUCACAUUAAAGGCUACAUAUCCCAUCAGCAUCAGAAGCUUGUGGUCAGCAAGCAGAACCCAUUUCCUCCGCUCUCAACAGUGUGUUGUUGAGUACUGCGUCUUAGCCAUGCAAGUACUCUCCAGAUACUCAGCUUGCCCAGUGGAGCUGCUCCCAGUGACCCCAGGAACACUGUAAAUGGCCUGGUUCAUGUCCAGGACUGAAAUGCCAGGAACUGUUUGUGGCUCCUUUCCCGGAAUGGCCAAGGCUGCCUGGGUUACAAAGUGCAUUGAAAUGAAAUGCUGACUUUUAAGUGGUAGUUUCCACAGGCUUUCUAGAUCAUUCAAAGUAUUUAGUGAAGAAAUAAAGCAAAGCAUUCCAAAUCCCUUCUAUUAUUAAAGCUAUUAAAAAGCUUUUAUAAAGUACUUCAUGUUACUAUUUCUGUGUUUAUCCUUCAGGGAGAAGUAUCAACCUUUUUUACUUGUGUUAAUCCAUUCUUCAGUGUGGAAGUAAUGCUUUCUUACAUGGUUUGAAACUUUAAGUCUCAGUAAUUUUGUUGGUAUUAAAAUACUCUUCAAACUG